CCAGCUGGAUAUAGGAUAUGAUUAGGAGGCCAGAUUUGAUAGGGUCACAAUGGGCAAUUUUAGCCAGGACAUCAGGAAAUGCAUUAUAGUGGAUGAAAUAAGGAUUAAGGAUGCAAAUACAUUUUUUUCACACAAGAUGUUUUAUUUCAGCUGAAGAUGGUUUUGCUAAAUGGACAAAUAAACAAGGAGCUGUCCAACAACAAGUGUGGAAGUGGAUCCGUAAAGCAGCAGCUAAUGUCAUUCUGGACCCCAGAACAGCACAACGUAAUCUUACUGUUUCUGAAGACGGCAAACAAGUGAGAUUCAGUGACCGCUUCCUACCUAACAGCCCCUUGAGGUUCCAAAAUUGGUACGGGAUCCAGGGAAAAGGCAGUUUCUCUUCAGGGAGACAUUACUAUGAGGUUCAGGUUGGGACAAGGGGAUGCUUUUCAGUUGGAUUUGUGAAAGAAUCUGUUGAAAAGAUGAAGAAUAUUCAGAUAACUUCAGAGAAUGGCUUCCUGCUGUUGACACUAAUGAAGAAUGACUAUAAUGUUUCUACAGCCCCCCCCCCCACCUCCCUCUCUCUGAAUGAGCCCCCUAAGAAGGUGGGGGCGUAUGUGGACUUUGAGAGGGGGCAGGUUUCCUUUUACAAUGUGGGCACCAGGUCCCAUAUCUACUCUUUUACUGGUUACAACUUCAGCGAGAAAUUCUAUCCAGCUGUUAACCCCUGUAACAGUAUGACAUCAAGUCCCCUGAUCAUCUCUCCUGUCAGUCACACAGACUGAUCUGAAACAGCAGUUUUCACACAGACAAGGAUUAAUAACUGUCCAUUUGAUGAUUAUAAUGUUGGGCUUUUUUUCUUUAUAUAGAUAUUUGUUUGUCUACAUGCUUUGUCUGUGCCAACAGCAUUAAAUGAACUGAGAGAUUACAAUGAUUACAUACAUACUAUCUUCCCCUGAAUCUACCAACGAUCACUUGCCUGUGAAUAGUGGUCAGGUGAUUUUACUGGAUGCAUUUAAUGGAGACAUUUAAUGAUUUUAAAUUCAAUCACAGGUUGCUUGCACAUUUCUUUGAACUAUCAGUUUUUCUGCAGUAAUUCUGUAUGUCUGCUGUUAAAAAAUAUUUCCUUGGUUUGUUAUCUCAUCUCAUUUUAUACGAAAUGCAGGUUUGCUUACUUAUAUUUAUAUAAGUUUAACUUACUGAAGAGUGUACCAGCUUUUUUUGAUACCAGCAUUAUUGUGGUAUCUUUUACUUUUCAUAGAGAUUAUUAUGGACCAAAGACUAACCUGUGUUUAAGCAUUAUUUUGUCAGGAAAUGUGCCAUGGCUCAGUUUCACCACCUGAUGGCAGCAGACAGUUCACUCUAGUAGAACCUAUUGUCAAUGAGUAAUUCCUGAUGCUUGUUUGCCAUUAAUUAUCCACCCUUUAAAUACAGGCUUAUCCAUCUGUGGUGUAUUGAGUCUUGAUGUGCUAAUUCCUGCAUUUCGUAUAAUUAUAUUUCCUACAUCGGGAAUGCAUGUGGUUUUGGGAUCUGCCAGUCACAUUUUAAGGGUGUAACAAUGCACUGUGGCAUGAAGUCAAUUAUUAAUGUUAAUACAAAGAGGCAUAAUAGGCAUAACCUGAGUUUUGCUUUGAGAUUUUAUUUUUGAAUUAUGCACUGGAGUCUGCAGAAUAAAGAAAAAACCAAGCAAAAAGAUUUUUUUUUUUUAAUAAUAAUAUAAAUGUACAUGCA